CAUUCACAUGAUAUGCCAUCUAAGACUAGUAACCUAUAUUCAGGGAUUGAUAUUUAACGGGAGCUGUUGAAGCUUUGGCAGGACUGUUGCAAGAGGGGACUUCAAGAGGAAAGAAGGUAGUCUCGAAAACCCACUUCAAAGCCAAACCAAACCCUCUUUGAUGACGAUGUUGAUGAUAAUUUCUUCUGAAUCACUGCAUUUUUUUUUCUUUUUCUUUUGCUUCGUCAACGUGUUGUUCCUGGAGGGGAACUUGGUUUUGGUUUGUUGUUCUUCAAGUAAAAAUGGGACUAGAGUUUCGAAUGGUUUGUAGGGACCAAAUAGUCAUUUAAGUGUCCAGCAUGGCAGCUGUGAGUCCACCUCAGCACGUUUUGUGACUGAAAAUGUGAAAUGGGAUCAGGGACUAAAGUGAGUCACAGAUGCCAAUUUUUGAGGCUAAUUGAGUAAAUUGAAACUUUAGAGAGCAGUUUGAGAUGCAAAUGCAACUGAGUAUUAAUUCAUUGUUUUCUAUAUAAAAUAUGACAUUCAUUUUGGUCCCCUGAAAUGGCUCAGGUUUACAUAUAGUUAUGUUUAAAAAUUUUAAUUAUUUUUGUUUUUAACAUGUACAGGUAUAGCCGUGUAGAGCACGAGCCAAUAAAUUGACACUAUCCGAGUAAGAAAUGGUUGUAAUAAGUAGUUAAGUGCUGCCUAUUGCACGUCUCCUUGAUAAUCAAAUGGUUGUCCUGACAUUAGAGAAGUUCUAAAUUAUUGUUUUAACUUUGAAUUAGAAAAAUGCUUUUAGCUAACUAAUGACAUGUGACAUGUUGUUUCAUUGCAACAAUUAGUCAACUUAAGAGAAGUCCUCUACCUUCACGUUUUUUCUCUUGAUCUGCAGUUUCACUAUUCUUUUUACAAUCCCAGAAACAAAAAAUAGAUACAAUACAAUAGAAGGUAUUAUCCACUUUUAGCAGUUUCAAGUUUGAAGGAUGGGUAGAUCCUUACUAUCCUCUUUCCUUGCUGAUUUGGUAGACAACAUAAAACGUAUCAUCACCUCUCAAACCAAGCGUAGUGUGGUGAAAUCACUGCAAAAGGUCAUGUCAACAUUGUUACCCCUUGAUGCUGUGGUUGAUUAUGCAGAAGAGAAGCAGUUCGGAGGAGGAAGAUAUGCACAAGCAGUGAAGGACUGGUUAAAUGAAGUACAAGAUGCUCUAUACCAACUGGAUGAAAUUCUGCUGCAGAACUUGACCACCAUCAGUUCUCUAGAUCGGCAUCCGUUGCUGGGCUGGCAGUUCGUCAGAAUCAUGGAAAAAAAAGCGAAUCCAGGCAAGAAAUUCAAGGCUCAAAUCCUUGAUACCCUCAAGAAUUUAGAAUCUCUGGUGAAAAAGAUUGGUGUCCUUGGCUUAACUGUUGAGCCUGUUACUAAGAGGUGGAUGGAAUCCAGUGGAGAUUUGUAUUCAACUUCUGAUGUGUUGGAUAACUAUCCAAAGUAUGACUUCUUAGGGAGAAAUGAAGAAGUGAAGACUAUUUUGGAUUACCUGUUAUCAACUACUACUGAAAGUGAACAACAUAUCAAGGUGAUUAACAUAGUGGGAUUCGCUGGGGUGGGCAAGACUAGCUUGGUGGAUGUUAUCUACUCAAACCACAAGGUGAGAGAGUCUUUUAAACUUAGAGCUCAAAUCACUGUGCCUUACAUUGCUAACUUGACGGUUAAGAAUAUUCUUGAGGAAAUCACUGGAAAUUUUUGUGGUGGUGAGGAUGAGGAUUUCGAUUUUUUAUGUAAGAUAUUGCAGGAAAGGUGUGGUGGGAAGAAAUGUCUGUUGGUGUUGGAUGACAUCAGGAUUGAGGAUAGCUUACACAACUGGAGCAAGCUGAUUGCUUCCUUUGAAACUGGAGCAGCAAGAGGGAGUGCCAUAAUUCUAACAUCCAUUCCUCUUUAUGACCCAAAGCAACUUAUGAUACCUGCGACUCAUACUGUGCAUCUGAGUUUGCUGUCAACAGAGAAUUGCUUGUCAAUCUUUAUGGGGCAUGCUUGGAGACAGACAGAUAACGUUUGUCAACCCCCGGAAGAACUAUCAACAGUUGGAAAAAAAAUUGUCAACAAAUUGGGAAAUCUUCCCUUGGCUCUAAAAAUGACAGGGAGCCUUCUGCAAGAUAAGCUGGAUUUGAAUCCUCAAUGGGAUAAGAUAUUGUGUGAAUUUCUGGAUGGCACAAAUCUUCUUCCCAUCCCUUCAUUUCUAGUGAUGUGCUAUCUUGAUCUCCCUGCACCAGUUAAACGGUGCUUUGCAUAUUUGUCACUAUUUCCAAAGUCUUACCACUUCAGGCAGAAGGAGGUGAUCUGCCAGUGGAUGGCUCAAGGCUUUCUGAAAAACACUGAAUCUGGUAAAAGCAUGGAAGACACUGGGGAUGCAUAUUUAGGUUAUCUAAUCAAGAGGUCUUUCUUGCAACCUGCCUUUGGUUAUAAUGAUAGAUUUAUGAUGCAUAAUCUUGUUCAUGACUUGGCAAUUUACGUGUUUGGAGAAUCAUACAAGCACCAUUUAUGUUACGAUAGAAGGAUGGAGGAUUUUCCAGCAAAAUCUAUUCUCAAACAUGGGAGAUCGUUGAGAACAAUUAUGCCAGUGUACUUGCCAACUGAAAGGGGAAAUAGUGAGUUUGAUCCCGAGAUGUUACAGCCUGUGAUUAUGAAGUUGAGUCAGCAUGUCUUCCGGGUCUUAUCUUUAUCACACUAUAAGAUCACCAGCUUGCCUGCUUCAAUAGGAGAACUGAGACAUCUCUGCUACCUUAACGUUUCUUACACCAACUUAAAGGAGCUGCCAGAUUCCAUUUGUGACCUGCUAAAUUUGCAGACACUUUUACUCAGAGGCUGUUAUUCACUCACAACAUUGCCCGACAGACUAUGUAAUUUGGUAAACUUGCGACAUCUUGAUUUCCAAGGAAGCAGCUUGCAAAGGAUGCCUCCAAAUAUGCACAAUUUGACGAGUCUCUUGAUAUUGACAGACUUCAUUGUUUCCGAUACCGGGCCAAGACUUGGAGAUUUAGCAGGACUGUCCAAUCUCAAAGUUCUAGCUAUUUCAAACUUGCAAAAUGUGGCCCAUGCUAAUGAUGCUUCAGAUGCCAAACUAAAAGAGAAGGGUCUUGCUGAUCUUUGGCUUUCAUGGGACUAUGUCCAUGAUAGCAAUAGGUAUGGGAAUGAAAUGGAAGUGCUCAAGAAACUAGAACCAUCGCACAAAGACUUGAAAAUAUUAAAAGUUACAUAUUAUCCUGGUGCAAGAUUCCCAAGAUGGUUGGGGGAUCCAUCUUACUCGGCUCUACUGAAUCUAGAUCUCUAUUACUGUGAAAACUUCGAGUCAUUACCAACACUGGGUCUGCUGCCGUUUCUUAGGGAACUCUAUAUUGGAAGGUUCACAAAAGUAAGUUCUGUAGGCCUUGAGUUCUACGGGGAGAUGACUGCUUCGCAGAAACCGUUUCAAUCUUUAAAGGUUUUACGGUUUUCGCAUAUGCCAGAAUGGAAAAAAUGGAACAUAGUCGAAGGCAUCGAGUUUCCACAUCUGGUUCAUCUUUGUAUAUUACAGUGUCCCAAGCUGGUGGGAGAUUUGCCUAAUGAACUUCCUUCUUUAAAGAAGUUGGAGAUCAUUGGAUGCACUCACCUUGUGGCUCCACUUCCGAAUGUUUCCAAUACUUGUGAAGUGUUUGUACAGAACAGCCACUCACAACCAUCCUUGGAUCUGGAUAAAGAUACAGUUCCACAAAAAGUACAUGAAAUCACCCCAGUACCCAAUUCUGGUUUUCGAGGUACUAGCACUGCAAGUGAGAUUGAAGAAAUCCUUCAUGGAUCAUUGAUGGAAACUGAAUCUGUAGUAAGCAGAUUUCCUUUUAGUUCUUCUUCAGAUACAACCAUGUCCCCAAGGCCAAAAGAGACUUCCUCAGUUGUGUUUAGGCAUCAAGUUGAAGCUGAAACAGGCUCGCAGUCUUCAAUGGUUGAAGCUGAUAUUCCAAUCACCACUCAAGCAGCUGUCAUUCCUCCCACCAAUAAUACACCUUCCACAACAGCUCCUUUCAACAAUGAAGAAGCAGGUAAUCCACGAUCAUCCUUUGAAGUACUAAAGGUUUCAACUGUAUCACAAUUGAAGUCAUUGCCGCCCACGCUGCACACUCUAAAAAUUGAAGGGUGCGAGUACCUGGAAGCCAUACCCAAUGGUUUACUAGCCGGAUUAACAUCUCUUAAGGAGUUGUAUCUCAUUAGUUGUGGUUCUCUUAAAUCCCUCCCUUCCCUUGGUUCUGUGACAGCACUUUACAUACGUAACUGCAGAAGAUUGGAAAAUCUGUCAUCUUCUGAAUCAAAAAUGCAGCUUGCCUUCCUCCACCACUUGUUCAUAGGAAGUAGCUGUGAUUCUCUCACUACCUUGACCUUAGAUUUCUUCCCCAAACUCAAAAAUCUCUGCAUUUGGGAUUGUUCAAACUUGCAAUCAUUUAAUGUUAUUAAAGAGAUCAAGGGCGAUCUUCAGUCACUUGAAUCUUUAGAGAUUAGAGAUUGCCCCAGAUUGAUGUCUUUUCCAGAGGGAGGAUUACAUGCCCCAAAUCUGGAAUCCAUAUUCCUUUCCAAUUGCCAGAAUCUUAACAAUUUGCCAGAUGGUAUGACCUCUCUGACAUCCCUCAAGACAUUAUUUCUACAUAAAUGUCCAGAGAUUGAAUCUUUUCCAUAUGGGGGCUUGCCUUCAAGUUUAAUUUUACUCUCCAUAGCUUAUUGUGACAAACUUACACCACAAAAGAAUUGGAGAAUGGACACUCUUGAGUCUCUCAACCGAUUGGAGUUUGAAGGUGGAUGCAUGGGCAUGGAUUCAUUUCCAGAGGACAUGAUACUUCCUCCCAAUAUAAGCUCACUGCGCAUAAGCACACUGAAGAGUCUCAAGAAGCUAAACUACAGAGGGUUCCAAUAUCUGAAUGCUCUUCAUACACCUGAAAUUCAUUGCUGUGACGUCCUUCAUUCCUUGCCUGAUGAAGAACUUCCUUCCUCCCUUAAUCAACUUUGUGUCCAAGAAUGCCCUUUGCUGACUCCAAGACUUAAACCAAAAAGUGGGAAGGAGUGGCACAAGGUGGCUCGAAUUCCACACAUACAAAUUGAUCACCAAAUAAUCUGUUGAAGAGAGCACUGCCCAAGCUAGUCAUUAAGGUUAGAGGAUUAUAACACUAAUUACAAGCCGAAUGUUGUGAAUUCUGUAAAUUUCUUUUCAUGAUUUUUGUUUAGCAACAAACCAAGAGAAUGCACUGCUUUAAUGCUCAUUUUCUUUGCAGAACUCUCUGGAAAUUUUUUUUCUUAAUUUCCAGUGGGAUAACUGCAAUCUUGUUCAAGACUCAUGUAAUUAUAAGCAAAUGAUCAAACUUCAACAAUGUUAUUCGAAUAAUUUUUUUCCAUGUCCAUACACUGUUAUACAAAAAAUUUGAACAAAAGAAUUAUAAGUUUUCCAAUGGACAAGAUGCAUGGACACCUAAUGGCGGCCGCAAAAAAUAGAAUGAGGUGAAUGGAAGUAGUCAUCUUUAGUUAUGGAUCGUGAUUUUGGAAAAAAAGAGGUCAAGGAGGAUGUACCUCCCUUUGGUGAAUGUCUAUAGGUUGCUAUCUGAUGUGGACGAUAUCAUUACUGUUAGGCCAUGCAGGAUGAACUGCGAA